AUGGCUGGAGCCCAUUCCCGGGAAUUUGGAUCCCAGGAUUUUUAUGGGGGGAGGGGCUCAAUCCAGGGAUUUUCUGCCGGAAUCGUUGCUCUUUUCCAUCCUUCAAUCCCGACUUUUUUCCGGGGUUUUUUUUGGGGUUUUGGGGUUGUUUUUUUUUUGUGCUUCCCGGGAAAAUCAUCGGAUCCUCUCCGAAGGAUCGCUCGGAAUUCCAAAGGGAUGGAGCUGGGAGUGGACUGGGAGCGGCUCCGCCCUUGGAUUUGGGAGAAUCCGGGAUGGGAUUUGGGAUCCAGGUUGGAAUUUGGGAUGGAAGAAUCCGGGAUGGAAUCCGGGCUGGAAUCUGGAAUUUGGGAUGGAAGAAUCCAGGAUGGAAUUCAGGAUCCAGGCUGGAAUUUGGGAUGGAAGAAUCCGGGAUGGAAUCUGGAAUUUGGGAUGGAAGAAUCCGGGAUUCGGGCUCCAGGCCGGAAUUUGGGAUGGAAGAAUCUGGGCUGGAAUCUGGAAUUUGGGCUGGAUGAAUCCAGGCUGGAAUCCGGGCUCCAGGCCGGAAUUUGGGCUGGAAUCCCGGGAAUGUGGAGCCGAUCCAACACUCCGGAAUCCCCAAAAUCCCUCGGGAUUGAGACAAUUCCCAGCCGCCCUUCCGGGACGAUCCAGAGGCUCAGGAUUCCUGGAAAACUUGGGAAAAGCCAAGAAAGGACGAGCUUAACCCCAAAAUUCCAUCUGCUUUUCCAAGAGGAGCCGAUUCCCGCGGAAAUCCCGGAAUUCGGAGCCGUUUCCCCUCCCCCUGCCGAGAAAUCCGCCGGGAUUUUUCCGGGAGAUCCCAAAAAAUUCCCGGCUCCGACGCUCGUGGGGCUCCCUCCGCCUCUUUUCCCAGCAAAUCCCGAUCCGUCCUCGGAAUUCCGGGCUGGGAACGGCCAAAAUUCCGCCGGCGCCGGAAGCAGAACCUCGGGAAGAGCAGGACACGGCUCCCGGUCGGAAUUCCCGGAGUUUGGGACUGGAAUUGAAUCCAGAACUUUGGCGCUGCCUCCGAACCUUUUUCCCGUUUUUUUUCUUUUGGUGGUUUUUUUUAAUGGAAGCAACUUUGGAAUUCCUGGAAUGCCGAGCGGUGGGGGGGGGGGGGGGGGAGGGAGGAAAAGCGGAAUUCCCGGGAAUUUUGGGGUGGGAUUUUCCAGCUGGAAAACUCCAGGCUGAGCCGGAUUUGAGGGAUCCUUGGAAGAAUUCCAGGAUCCCAGGAGAGGAGGGCGCUCGGAUCCCGGCAUUCCGGAGGCUCGGGAAUGUUGUUCCAUUAAAAAGUUGGCACUUCCUGCUGGAA